UGACAGGAGCCCAGGGAAUUUUCUGCAGGCGUUUCCAUGGUUUUGCAUUGUUUAUUUGCUCUCGUUGUGUUUCCUCUACUUCACACGAUAUCUUGAAAUGUUGGGCAUCAUAACUGUGUUACAAGUUUGACAAAACAACAGGGUACAUGAAGUUUAACUCAUCUUGAAUUUGACUAGUCUGGGACCAGGCUAUGCAUUGGGGGAAAAAAGAGAAAAAAAUUGGCAUGUGCAAAAAAAAAAGGUGGCAAGCGAAGCAAGCCGAGCAGAAGUCUGGGAAGGGCAAAUGCUUGUGAAGGUUCCACCGCCCUUUCCCUCUCCCCAGGUCACCGAUAUAUUUUUCCUAUUGCUCCGGUUUUUGCUUUAACCCCCCCUGCAUAGCCGGGUCCCAGGCUAGAAUUUGACUGUGACAAAUUGGGAACAAAAUGACCAAGUUUUUCAAGGUAUAUCCCAUUUUAUGCAAUAUUAGAUGACUGCGGCAUGUUUACAAGGGUAUCAUGGUGUUAAUUUUUAUUUAUCCCCAUGGUUUUUAAAAUAGUGUGUCAUUACCUGGAAAAAUAAUGAUUUUUCACGUAUGUUCAUUUAAAACUACAUGACUGUUCUUUUAGCUGUCAGUGAGGCCAACCAGACACUUCAAGACCCAGAUAAAGUAAAAAAGAUCAAUGAAAUCCUAGAAGAAGCAAGAGCAAUGGUCAAGAAAUCUGUGAGUUGUUAAUCUUGCAAAUUAAUUUCACUUGCAAUAAGUCACUUACUCGACUCGAGGGCGUCAUUUUACAACUGCGACCAUAAAUCUUUCGGUUUUUCCUUUCAUGUUUAAAUUUGGUAAUCCUGUGGGCUUUAAAUAACAAAUUAAAAGCCCUUAUUUGCACAAAUAAAGAAAACCGAGAAGCGCUUAGGUUGUAGUAGAUAAAUGACGUCAUCAUGCAAACGGCCUGUUACAUGUUCAAUAGUUCUCUGAGCGACUUUUCUCUUCUCUGUUUGGUAAUAAAACCAAACGGCUAGCUUAUUGACUGAUUGCAUGCUUCAGAGUUUAUUCUUUUUCCAAGGCAUAAAUUACUUGAAAACCAGUGAAAUUUCAUUGCAAAGAAAAUUUGAGGACAAGUUGUAGAUUUAAUUUCAUUAGAAGAUUCUAGGGGACUUGCUUUUCUUAAAACCAAAAUGUUCAGGAGACCUUUUUCUUUCAACAAUAAUUGCAAUAUGUUGGUAAUAAAAAAGAAAAAAAACCUCCGGAAAUCGUAGGUAUUGGUUAGCUACUGUAGUAGAGAAACUCCAAAUAUCUUAGAUGAUGGAACGGGUAAAAACUAAAAUUUACAGCCUUUCUGUAGACAAUACUUGCUACUUCAAACAGAAAAAAAUUGUUGAGUGCUCCUGACUACUGCAAAGUGAUUUUUGCAAAAUGCUGAGUUUUUAUUUAUUUAUUUAUUUAUUUACUCAUUUUAUAUGAGUUGUGCGGCAGUCUUAUUCGGUGCAAUACUUGAGCCCAGUUUUCUUGUUGCAUCCCUCAUUUUCAGCUCAAGGAGAAGAAGAAACAAGCAAAGAAAGAGGGAAAAGAUAAAAUAGAAGAAGAGGAAGAUCCAGAAAAGGUAUUGUGCCAGGAAAUUAUGGCUGGAGAAAGACUUUUAUUUGUGUUGGUAAUCAUUUGUACUGCAAUUCAAACACCGAAAUAGGUGAAAAAAUGUUAAAAGAAACUACAUGAGGUCUGAUGUUUCUUUUUCCUUGAGCAUUUUAAUUGCUGGACAAAGCGAAAAGAUCAUGACAGUUAUGUACCCAAAUUGAGCAGUUGUGAAAACACAACGUCGGAAAGAAAUUCAAAGUUGAAUGGGAUUCGAACCCUUGGCCUCUCCAGUACCGGUGCAGUGCUCUUACCACUGAGAUCUCAAGCCAACUCGGAGCUGGUCGCUUUGUGAGUUCGUAAUACAUGUAUACCCGAGGAAGAUGAAGGUGGGUAUAUGAAAUUUGAUGUAUAUCUGAACUGUGGGAGCACGGAAAAGAAAGGCGGGCGUAGUGCAUCUCGGCUUCUUUCUCCGUUCCGCCGUCUAAAGGCCUCUCUAUUGUUUGAUUUUUCAGUUAUCGAAAUUAGUCCACUCCACGACUGUUAAGCUUUUCGCUGAUUAUGAAAUUAAACGAAGAGCGCAAGAAGAAAAGGACGCAGAAUUGAGGUGAGCUGAUCUGCGAGCUAGACUGUUCGAGACAGCAGAAAAAUGAAACUAAACAACAAAACUGCAAUGAAAACAGGAAUUUGAUAUUUUUUGGGGGGCGGGGGAGGUUCAGGUCGCUUUUGUCUUCGCUGCUGUUGUCUCAGUGUAAACAGCAAAAUCCAGAUGUCGUCGUAAUCAUAAAAUUUCUGGAAGAAUAAACAAGCAAGCGCGAAAAAAGGCUUCAAGACUGGGGAGAAGGAAGAGAGCGAUUAGGACUUGAUGUUAUGACGUAUUGACGUUAGGAUUUAUCCAAAUAACGUAAAUCCACCAUUAAGCCCCCCUUCUCUCAAAUAAGUCCCCUCCCUCUAAUAACCCCCUCCCCCCUUUUCAAGGGAAUAAAGUUAAUAAGCCCCCCUCCCCUCCCCUAUUUAUUCUUCACUAAGAAAUGAUAGACUGUAUAAAUCAAUCACGACUGUAAAACUUCCUGUGGGCUUAUCCGGGAUAAUUUAUUUACCAACUGGAGGCUCGGAUUUGAUUCUGAUCCUCGACUGCAUGACUUCCAACCUUCUUGUUUUUGAGUUUUUGCACUUUUUAUUGUAGUUCUUUAUGCAGAACUGAUACCAUCGUCUUUUCUAAAUAAAAUAUUAAGCCCCCCGUCUCUAUUAAGUCCCCCACCUCCUCAAAUGGGCUUGGAAUAAAUAAGCCCUCCGAGGGGGGCUUAAUAGAUCGAAAUAGAGGAUUUACGGUAUGUCAAAAGUAGGCGUCAUUUUAAUGUCCACGUUAAUAAAGGCCUACAGGCUCUCUCUCUGUCUCCACGUAUAAUAAGCGCUCGCUUUUGUUUUCGCCGGUUCUCCAUUGACGACUGAGAACCCGAACUUUUUUACUAUUUUGAAAAGGUUAAGGAUAUGGGAAUAGCACCAAAUACAGAGCUUCUUUUUCAUAAUACUGUAAAUCUCAGGGAAUUCCCCCCGAACACAUCUGUCCUUUUUUGUAGUACACGUAACUGCGGUUCAGUCCUCACUGAGCCGGAUUUCCCCAGACUGAAAAGUUGUACGUGUAGUUUCAUCACGCAACAUGCUAGGUGAGGGGACAGCAGACUCAGUUAAAAUUUCUGGCUUGACGGAACUCUUCAAUGAUACCCUUAUCCCCCCUCCCCUUCCCGACCUUGAACCUCGUCCCCACGGUUGUCUCUCUCUCGCUCCGUGGGAACGAGGCUACUUACCUGGUGCUUUUCGCGUGCGUUCAUUGGCAAAAUUAAGAGCAAUAAAUAAUCAUAGGUUGCCACAGGUCAGGAAAUGGUCAGGGAAAUUUUACAUUUGUCAGGGAAAAGUCACGGAGUUUGAGAAACCUCUGGCUGUGGCAACCAUGAUAAGGAACAGUGAGUAGCUGAUCUCCUUUUUUCCAGAAAACGACAACGUGAACAGGAGAUAGCUGAGGAAGAGGCAGCAAAAAAGAAAAAAGAAUGGGAAAAGGAAUGGGAGGUGAGUAUUUUGUUUAAAUAAUCCAGUUCAAUCACAAGGCUGGCACUAAGACUUAAAACGUAAUUAAAGCGACAAUAGUCAGAUAAAACUGUCUGUUCUACUAACCUACACAUAAAUAGAGCAAUGUUUUAAAUCUUUAUUACUAUUCGUGUUUUGAUCCAUUUAUUUAUUUUAUUAUUUUUACUGCAGCUCUUGAUUCCUACGCUCUAUUUAAUUAUCGAAAAUUGACGCCUAAGCGAAAGGACAACAGUUCCUCUGGUUUUUCCUUUGACAAAACGCGAAGGCGAAAUAACAACAAAUCGAUUACUUUGUGACUAGUUCCACUAGCUUUUGAAACUACAAGAUUACAAGACUAGCUUUUGACACUACAAAUCCCUUGGAAAGCGAUGCGGUAAGUCUACAUGCUUGACAGCUGGGAAGAGAGCUUUCAGGUCAUUCUCGUCUGAUCUUUCAAGAAAAUCCAGUUUCUUUAUUGAAGGAAUUGUGACUUAAUCUUGUUGGUUGCGCCUUGUUCUUUGUAAACCUAUAGAACGACCGGCGAACUCUGCAGUGCUCCACAAUCAUUCUGUGUUUUAGUCGAAUCCAGAAUACACAGUCACGAAUGUUCACAAUUUCCUUGGCACACAAAUAAUAUAAGGCAUAUUUCGCUCGCACAAAAGGCUGAACUAGCACAACCACUCAUGUCGCAUCUUUCGCGACGACUUUUGUUUUAGUCUGAACUCGCAGCUGUCUCUUCACUCUUCGCCCCAGCCGUUUGGGUAGGGGGGUGCUGGGGGUGAAGAGACGGCUGAAAGUUUAAACCACUUUUUGCUACGCCCUCGCGAGGAAUGAGCGCUUUCAACUUCCAGCGACUUAAGCGGCCAGUCAGAUCUUGCGGAUGAUUCAAACAUGCCGUCAGAUGCUGCAGCCAUAUUUUGGCCGCAUGUAAAGCACAAGGCGUGUGAGAUGUUGUAUAAAGCCCAGCUGUAGCGCGACCACGGAACAGAGAAUGUAUAUUGAGCUGCUAAAAUUCGCCCGGCUAACUGUGAAACCGUGUUAGAAGAAAAAUGUAGAUUUUAUUGGGUUUUAAAGAUAUUUAAUGGCACGUGGACUACAAAAUUAUAAUAAUAGGAUUUCAACGUUUCGAAUAAGUUUUUCGGAUUUAAGCCUGUACAAACAUGAUAACAAGGAAUGUUUACUCUUGUAUAUUGUAACAGUGUACCGUGGGAAGUUUCUGGUUUUUGUACGCAUAUUUUAUGUACCUUCGAAAUUGCAUUUCUAGAAAUAAUUAUGCAACUUAGUCACUGAACAACUGGUCCUUUCUCCUGUUCAAAUACCAACCGUUCGUAAUUUUUAGUUUUGACAUUUUGAGAGAUCCUGAGCAAAGGAAACUCGAAUUCUUUUACACAGUUUCCAAAAUUCACUUGCUUGACUGACAUUUAAUUUUGAGUCGUUUAGUUUAACCUAUGAACUUUAAAGCUGAAUUUAUCCAGAUUUGUUUUCAGUAUUCAGCUGAUUUUAUUCAGCCUUCUUUCCAUUUGUUUUGUGAUGUAAUAAGUUGAUCAGUUAUUAUAAAUAAAGCACUGUUAUCGCUGUUUUUUGAUUCACAAUUUGGAUGCAAAUGUAUGUAUGAUUUACGUCCACGAGCUGAAGAUUAAACUGUUGAAGUCCAAGCUUGAGUGCUGUCCUGUUUCCAGUUGUGGCAGAUAUUAGUACCUUGGAAUAGUGACGAGUUCCAGUUUUGCUAGCUAAGCGACUUGCAGAGUUAGUUUUCCCCCUUGUUAUUCACACGCAGAAGUCGCUCGAAUUCCCUUUGCGCUUAUUUUCCUCGAUUUGUGCUUGGAAGGGCAAAACUAUCGUCACAACCGCCAUAUAACUCUACAUAAGAGAGGUCUUUUACAGGAAACACUUGCGUAUACGAACCUAUAUUUUUUGAGGUCUGGCGAAAAAGGCCCUAUUAUUGUGCGGUAGUUAUUGGCAAUUAAGGCUAUGUAGGUUCUUAAUUAGCUUCUUAAUUUCUAUGAGGGAGGGAUAUAGUUGUUGACUACGAGAAAUAUAAAGAAAGUUUAGUUUGGUCCUUAAAUAUGUAGUGUUAAUUCACAACUGUACUUUGCAAACCUCCUUUAUGCAAGGUCCAUGAAAACAGUUACAAUCUGCGGGGAGAGAGAAAAUUUCCCCGCCGCGUCUCGCUUUUCUCGCGUGGGGUGAUUUUCACGCGCUCGCGUUUCGCUACUCGUAGUCUAUUUCGUUGUAGGAAUUACAAUAAUACUUCUAUUGUAAUUACGGUUUGGUACAGUGUUUUACUUAACCCCUUGGUUAACAUGUUUACCAUAAUGUACCUGUAACCCGCAUUUGAGAACCUGCUUGAGUUUGCUUGGGUAAACAGGUUCUUACAUUUUUUGGUAUUAAAGUGCCAAAUUUCUACCAGCAGGUUUUUAAACCACUAGGUUCUUAUUAGCAUCUGGAUGUUUACUGAAUUGGUUCCUUUCCAUAUAUUUUACUAUUAUUGGGGAGCUGAGAUGAAUGUCGUGUGGAUCAUGUAGAGAAUCGCUAUAUAGGCGGUUUCCUUUUUGUAAACCAGGUUCUUCACGCUCUACCGCAAAAAUAUGGGAUGAGCUUGUACCUCUCCCUAAAACUAAGUGCACCAUAGCCAUUUACAAACCUUUUAGUAGCAAAGGUGGGUCUCUUGUAAGCAGUGGGGAGUAAGCUCUGGAUUCGGAUGGAAGGGAUGCAAGGAGACAUAGUCCCCAUCCCCCAAGAGUAGAAUAGGGCGCACCGGUUAAACCCCUUUUUCAGGAGAAAUCUCAUUAAUUUGCGGAGGAAUACAUUGACGCCGAUGACGCCAUAGCCCGUUGCCUUUAUGUCAUGAAUAAAUUACGGGGAACUUCUUUAAGAUAAGAUGAUGUGUUACUUUUGAGGCGGGUUAACCGGUUUGACAGGUUUAAGAUGGGUGAUGUCAUAGCCUCUUACUUAUUUUUAGGUGGUUUAACUGGUGCUCCCAAUCACAAUACUCCCGAGUCAGUCAAGAACUUACUCGAGGUGCCCAUAGAUGCCCCCACUGACUUUUGAGCCCUGUUUAACUGGGAAGCUCUGAUGUUUUUGUUUUUGUUUUUUAAUCAAAAGGAGAGUCGAACCAACCGUGUCGAUAGCUGGCGAUCGUUCCAAGCAGGAGGGAAAAAGAAGAAGAAAGAAAAGAAAGGUCGCACGGCAUUUAAACCGCCUGCUCUUAGGCCGGAGAAACGCUAAGGAGACCUGCCAGUUACCGUACCUGUCACGAGUCUGUGUGGUCACCGCUACCCUGGCUGCGCGUGACAAAGUGAAACUGUACUGGAAUGAUCAUUUUCUAUCGCGGCGUGACAUGUCCUAAGCAUUGCGUGACGACUCUAGAAAACCUGGCCGCUGAGAACGUAAACAUCGGAGGAUAUUUUCUAUUUGAAGUGUAUAUAUUUCUUUUUUAUACCUCACAAAAUCCAGAUUGUCUACUAUGUGGUUAAACUGUUAAAUACUUGAGUGUCGGGCUUGAUUCGUUGUUCUUGUUUUUGUUCUUAUCAGUUCUCUUUUGCUUACUCUACUCUGCUCUUGAAAAUGUUGUCUAAGUAUGUAUUGUGAAAUAAACAACCAGACUUACAACAUGCAGGCUAAAUAAUUGGAGAGC